AUGCUGGGCGCCGGCGCGGGCGGCCCCGGAAGCUCGCGAGAUCUCGUCGCUCCGCCCCUCGGCCGGUCAGACGGCCGGAAGCUGCCCACACCCCCAUCCCCACCCCCACGCCACACUUCAGCCUCCUGGAGUGCAGGCAUGUCCUCUCUCCACAUUGAUUGUCUCCAGGACAGGCACAGACCCAUAGUGACCCUCUGUGACAGGGCAGCGAAGGCUCAGCAGAACUGCCACUUCGUGGAAUCCUCUCCGGGCCUGCUGUCCUGUGUCACUCUGGGAUGUGAGCUGUACGAUGUGUGCUCUGAGUCAGCUGAUGUGUAUGCCACUCUGAGCAUGCGCUCCCUGCUGGGGACACCCCACAGCAGGAUCCAAGGAAACCCUUCUCACUCUUCCCCCACAGCUGUGGUUGUGGCUGGGUCCGACCCCCAACCCCAUGCUGCCGCUACUGCAGCCCUGCCGAGCCCCUCCUGGUGCCCCCGUUACAUGCACCAGGUGGAGAUCAUGGUGCUGCUGUUACAGAGUUUUGAGUGGGUGUGUAUGUGUAUCUCACUGGUGAGCAGCGACAGUAACUGCGGGCAGCUGGGGGGUGCAGGUGCUAGAGGGCUGAGACACCAGAGGGGUAUCUGCCUCACCUUCAAGGCCAUUGUGUCCUUCUCUGCCCGGCCAGGCAGCCAGAGGAUGCAGAGCACGAUCCUCUGCCUGGCCUGAAUGAGGACCACCAUCAUGGUCAUUUUCUUCAGUAGGCAGCUAGACAGACUGUUCUCUGAGUCUGUGGUGCUGGCCACCCUGAGAGCCAAAGUGGGGAUCGCCCCAGAAAACUGGGAUUCCACGCACAUCAAGGUGUCUGGGAUCAGGAGCACCUGCACGAUGCUGGGUGUGGCCCUCUGGCUGAGGCUUGUCCCCGACCUGAAGGGAUUUGAAGACAACAGGGCCCAGAAGGCAUGUCCCAGGGGCUCCUGGGGAAGCCCCAACCAGUGUUGCAGAGAGUGCUGGGCUUUCAUGGCACCGAAGAUGCCCAUGCCUUGAGCAUUCUCUGUGAGCUCCACCCACAACUUAUACCGGACAACUUGUGUCCCGGUAGCUCAUGGCCUCCACCAGCUCCUGGGCUGUGCCUGUAAAGCUCGCUCCAGAGACUGAGUCUAUCCCUGGCAGCUUCUGGAGCAGACCCGCAAGGUGGACUUCCCUCUGCAUGAGGACACUGUGACACUUAAUGACAAUGUCCUUAAAUUGUCAUUGCACAAUCCCCUCUGCAGCCACGACAUAACUGCCCUGGACUGGAGUGGCCCCAGGUGGAUCUUCACAGUCACUGACUCCUCCAUGUGGCUUCCAGUCUGGCUGGACAUAAAUAAGACCAAACCCAGCCCUGGCUGCUACCAAACCCAGUGGCAUGGAAAGGACUCGCAGGUGUCUAUGUCUUUGUGCUCCAAAGACUGUCUUGAAGGGGGCCAGUGAGUGAUUGUGGGCUUGCAUGGCUAUUGCUUUGAGCGUAUGCCCUGCGAAGCCGGGAUCUUCCUCAACAAGAGCGGUGGGAGCCCAAGUGAACGGGCGAAUGACUUACACAGCAGGUGA